CUGAGUGGAGGGGCGGGACUCCGUACCCGCGCUGGGGCCCCAGCUCCGCGCGGCCUGGUCACACUCAGGGGCAGUCUUUGCUCCACCUCCCCCUGUGUUUUCCGGGGGCCUGCGUAGGCCCGGCGCCCGUCCAUGGAAGGCGGAAACGGCUGCGGGGUCCGGCUCCUCGCGAAGGAGUCUAAUCCUCGCGGCCAUGUCCCGGGUCUUCGAGCUGCAGCCGCAGGACGGCGGCCCCCGGGUGGCCCUGGCGCCGGGGGAGACGGUGGUCGGCCGCGGGCCGCUGCUGGGAAUAACAGAUAAGAGAGUGUCCAGAAGACAUGCCAUUCUUGAAGUGGUGGGUGGUCAGCUUCGAAUCAAACCGAUACAUACAAAUCCGUGCUUUUAUCAGUCUUCUGAGAAGAGCCAGCUCUUACCAUUGAAGACAAAUCUAUGGCACUGGUUGAAUCCUGGAGAUAGUUUCUCUUUAUUAGUUGACAAAUACAUUUUUCGUGUUUUGUCUACACAUUCUGAAACGGAAGUGGAAUGUACUUUAAGAAACAGUCACAUACAUGAUGAAGAUGAUAUAUUGAGUGAAACACCAAAAUCUUCCUCGAUUGAUUUGCCUGAUGAGACACCUGAUGCCCCACAGCUGGAAAGAAGCACAGAAAUAGGAAAGACCCAGACCGCUGCAAAUAGUGUGUCUUUCCUAGAUGAAAGUAGAGACUUGAGUAAGCAACAGCCAAACCCUUCCCAGAGGAAAAGAAUCCUUCCAGCGUGGAUGUUAACAGAAAAUCUAAGUGAUCAGAACCUUUCAGUACCAGUCAUCAGUGGAGAUAAUAAUGUAAUCCAAGAAAGUGGAAAAGAAGGAAUCUGCAAAGACAAAACCCAAGUAAACAUCACACAGCAAGGAAGAAAGCGAUUAAUUUCAUCAGGAAGUACAGAAAGUAUAUCAGCAGAGCAAGACACAGGAAAAAAGUGCAAAAAUGCUGACCAGGAAGAGUCUGUCAUUUCAUCCAAGGAAAUGUCACAGUCAUUUUCUGCAAUCACGUUAGAUAACACAGAGGUAAAUAACAUGAAGACUAAUGCACAGAGAAAUGAAAUCCCAGCAGAGGAACUUGGUAAGGUUCCUGAACAUAAAAUCACCACUAAGGGAACACCAAAUAAAGACAGCAAGGCGAGGAGUUGUUCUGAGAGUUGUUUGAGUGCCCAAGGCAAGUCCUUCCAUGACGAGCCUGAAAGAUCUCAUCCUGAGUCUGGCUCUGAUCCCUCCAAUCCUGAAACUUUGCAUGCAAAGGCAGCUGAUUCAGUUCCACAGGGUUCUGAAGAAAACAAGGUCAAGAGGACAUCCUGCAUGUAUGGGGCAAACUGCUACAGGAAGAAUCCUGUCCAUUUUCAACAUUUCAGUCACCCUGGUGAUAGUGAUUAUGGAGGUGUACACAUCACGUGUCAAGGUGAGGCUGAUGACCGGCCUGAAUGUCCCUAUGGAGCAUCUUGUUAUAGGAAGAAUCCCCAGCACAAGAUAGAAUAUAGACAUAGUACAUUUCCAGUGAGAAACAUUUCAGAUGAAGAUGACAGUGUUGGCCAACCCAGUGAGUACAACCUGCAUGACAGCAUUACAGAUGAUGAGGGAGAAGAAUAUGAGCCAACAGAUGAAGAUUCCGACUGGGAACCAGGACAGGAAGACCUAGAAAAGGAAGAUGUGGAAGGGCUUUUGAAAGAAGCGAAAAAGUUCAUGAAAAGAAAAAAGUAACUCUCCUCUGCAGUAAUAUAUGGCUCAUAUUUACCAUUUCUUUGUGGAAAAAUAAUUCAGGAACCACGGAAGCACUUAAGUGAUAAUUGUUUUCCUUCUUUUUAUAGUUAUGACUUUACUAUUGACUCUUUACAAGUGAAACACUGAAAUGUCAACCUUCAGUGUAGUGGAUGGAAUUUGUUUUGUUGCUUUGCUUUUUCUAUCCUAUUUAAAGCAUCUGGAAAUAAUAAGCAGACAGAGUUAAAAAGAAAUAAUUUGAUAUUUUUCAUGUACUUCGUGUGUUUAUAAUAAAACUAAAAGCCAUAGGUUGCACAAAA